AUGCCCCACCGCCGUGCAGCUCAGCAAUUGCCACCCAACACGCGAGCUCAAGUCUGGAGCUUCAUCGAGCCUUUGUCGAUCGACCCCGCGUCUUUUGGCUCUGGAGCCGCCCAAGCAUACUAG